ACACACACUCACACACACGCACACGCACUCUCACACAGACACUCACACGGACACUCACACGGAGCGACACCAGACUCUGCAGCUCACCGACAGCACUGCUACUCUUCAGUAUUGUAUCUGACCGUAACAACAAGAAGAUGCCACUGGGUGACGAUUGCCAUGCAUGGAAAAAAAAGACCACAGAUGUGAAGGAGAACUAUGACUUCAAAGAGAUCCUGGGAACGGGAGCGUUCUCUGAGGUGGUCCUGGCCGAGGAGAAGAGGACUCAGAGGUUGGUGGCUAUCAAGUGUAUCCCUAAGAAGGCGUUAGAGGGCAAGGAAAACAGCAUUGAGAACGAGAUAGCUGUCCUGCACAAGAUUAAACACGCCAACAUCGUGUCUCUGGAGGAAAUAUUCGAGAGUAAAUCUCACCUCUACCUUGUCAUGCAACUGGUGUCUGGCGGGGAACUCUUCGAUCGCAUCAUAGAGAAGGGCUUUUACACAGAGAAAGAUGCCAGCAAACUCAUUCAGCAGAUUUUGGAUGCAGUCAAAUACCUCCACGAUAUGGGAAUUGUGCACCGUGACCUCAAGCCAGAGAACCUGUUGUACUACAGCAUGGAUGAAGACUCUAAAAUCAUGAUCAGUGACUUUGGUCUGUCUAAAAUUGAGGGAUCUGGCAGUGUGAUGUCGACUGCCUGUGGAACACCUGGAUACGUUGCCCCUGAAGUGUUGGCUCAGAAACCCUACAGUAAAGCAGUGGACUGCUGGUCUAUUGGUGUCAUAGCCUAUAUUCUGUUGUGUGGUUACCCUCCCUUCUACGAUGAGAAUGAUGCCAAACUGUUUGAGCAGAUCCUGAAGGCAGAGUACGAGUUUGAUUCUCCUUACUGGGACGACAUCUCUGACUCAGCUAAAGACUUUAUAGUCCACCUGAUGCAGAAAGACCCAAACACACGUUACACUUGUGAACAGGCGCUGCAGCACCCUUGGAUUGCUGGAGACACUGCUCUGGAUAAGAACAUCCAUGAGUCCGUCAGUGCUCAGAUCAAGAAGAACUUUGCUAAAAGCAAGUGGAAGCAAGCGUUCAACGCCACAGCAGUGGUUCGUCACAUGCGGCGUCUCCAGCUAGGCACCAGUCAUGAGGGGCCCAACCCCACCCUACCAGAGGAAGAGGGGGCUUGUUGUGAGGGAGGCUGCUCCCAGAACGUUGACGGUGGGGCUGACCCCCUGUCCAACUGCACGUACCGCUGCCACCCGACCAGCAGGGUGUGAUCCCUGCACCUGCUCCGCUCACCUGUCUAAUCAGUCCCACUGACUUUCCAAUUUUAACCCCCACGGUGAAACCAGAGGCACCAUCUGCCCCAUUAUCUGGUUAGGAAUACAGUGUCAUUCCAACCUGUCGCCUGCAGGGGGAGCAAGCCUCUCCAGCCUGAGAAGGAUGACAUAGAAGGUGGAUGAAAAGGAGGAGGAGGAGGGAGACUUGAUGACAAUGAUGAUGAUGAAGCACCACAGUGAAUCAUUUUUACAGACCGGCUCUGAUAGUUUGGGAUGAGUUGAGAUGGGGGAGACGAAGCUGAGGAGGUGAAGAAGCUCCUCCUCAACCAGCUUGUCAGGUGAAAUGUUUUUGCUGCAGCAGGACAGAGCUUGUUGGACACGGUUUUACUCAUCAUAUUUUUUAUUCAACCUGUCUCUUUGUUUGUUUUAUUGUUCAUUGUUAUAUAUUGUUGUAUAUUUUUGUGUUGUCUUUUUAACCUCCGACUCUUAGACAUUGUAGUGUAAAUCCAGAAACAACAUCUGCAUGAUUAGAGAUUAGAUUUCCCACAUGCAUGUUUUGUUAUCUUUUGCAGAAAUGCAUCACAGGAGUAAAAUGCAAGGAGUGUUGUGUGCAGAGAUUAUCAAGGGAGGAUAAAGACAGAUGUUGCAGUGUACUGAAAUUAAACAGAGUUAAAUUUACAGAACUACAGUAUGUCUUCAAGUCACGCUUUUAGACAAUCAGUGACAUCAUAGUUUAUGCAAAGAAAACUCCAUCCAUCUACUAUGUAGCCUUUCUUCUGGUGAUAUAGUGUUCCCUUGCAGUAGUUGUGCUUUUUUCAAAGUUUCCCCCAGUUUCUUUUUUCAACCCCCAAACCUCUUCUAACACUCCAGCACAGGGAUAUAUCUUUGUCAAAGGUGCCUUUAGGAAAAUAUAUAGUACAAAGGGUUUAUUUCCAGGUAGCUUCUGAAAGGUUUUGUCUUUUUCUGCAGCAUUCUUGCAGAACAGACAUUUUUCUGUAAUUUCAGAUUUUGUAUGUGUCACAUAUUCAGCUUUAAAAUGCAUUUUUAUGCUUUUUUUGUCUCAAAGUUAAGUACUGUAAUCUCAGACAGGAGGCCUGUGCACGUACAGUGACGGUUGUCAUAACAAUCAACCGCAUAUUGUUUUUCACAGCAUCUACUUAAAAUUUAAAUUGCUACAAAAUAGCAUUACAAAAUUAUGUUUUCAAGGCUUGUGAGCUCUACCAAGAGCAUCAUUUAUUUAUAAAAAAAAUGUGUUUGUGUAUCUUAAUACAUUUUGUGCAAAAAACAAACAAACCUGCAAACAUGCUUAGUGAUCCUCCUUAUCCUCAAAACUAGUCUGACUGUGGAAUUGUGUGAAUCCAAAAAAAGAAAAGCAGCCAAAAUUUGAUAUGCAUCUGUUUUCAGGAUUACAAAAAUGUUAAUAUGUAUCUGAUUGAACCACUCAAUCUUUGCAAUGGAGAAUACAGAGUGCAUUCUUAGGGAUGGCGCCGUGUGGGUUAUUUCAUUGGUUUUUAUAAAGAAUCCUAUGCUUUGAAUUGUUGUAGUGGAGAAAGGCAUGGAGUACAAAAUGCAGAGGAGCUUUAUGCACAUUUGUUAAAGUCCUCUUGGGCUUUUUACAGACAUCCUGCAUGAGGUCCCUCCAUCAUCUGAUUACUCCAUCCUAAUCUUUGUAAGGAUAACUGUUUUAAUACAUUGAUGGAUUUUAAGCAUUGAUGUGUUCUGGGUAUAUUUGCAUGAUGUAGCUUGAAAUGUAUGAAUCCCAUGAUUAAUAAUGAAUAGUGCUCCUUGUGAUGAUGUUACAGUGGCCAAGAGAUGCUGAAAGUGAUGGCAAAAGGAGACAUUUUUGUCAGAUUGUCUUUAAAACACCAUGCAGAUGAGUAAAGAGCUACAGAAGUGGAAAUACUAUUUCAACAUGUCAAAGUAAGCUCAGUGUUGCUGCUUCAAAAAGUAUAUUCCAGCUUUAUUCAGCAUCAGGUUGGCGUUGUAGUGUAUUUGAACAGUAAUUUGACUGGUGACUACAAACUGUAAAGCAUAUAAUCAAAAGAGUGGUCUUCAGCGUGAAUUGUUUGUACGUCCUAACUGUGACAAUGAGACACCCAGUCCAGCAUGGGAUCGCUCAUGCAUAGAGGCAGCUGUCAUACACAGUCCUAUGAAUGUUGAAGACUGAUAAUAUAUACAUGAUUAAUUAUAUAAUAGGAUUAAUAUGCGUAAUGAAAACAAGUCUGUUAACUAGAUUUGUUGUCACAAACACUGAUCAUUGGCUGUGUCUCCUGCACUAUAAUUUAGCUCCCGUACCUUCUGAAGAUAAGUGUAUAAGUAUAUACACAAAUGCACUAUAUUCCUACAAAACAAUUUCAAGGCAAAAGUAAGUGUGAUUUUUAAAGAUAAUUGAUUCCGUUUGUUUGUUCUUUGCUGAGGUGAAGAGCCAGGAAACGGAAAAGUAAAGGUUUUUACAUUCCAGUGCGAUUAUGAAAUAUAUAACCAUAUCCCAUGACCUCAUCUCUCAACCACCUUGGUAUGAAAAUAGCAGGGGUGAAAUAGAAUUAUAGUUGAGGAGGAGUUUCACUAACCUUGCCCUCAGAGUUGGAUAACUACAGGGCAUAUUAUGCUCAACCGCCACAGCUUUUGCAUUAAAAAGUGAUCAUUUUUUCAGCAUUUUAUUAGUGGGUUUUAAAGGGCAUCGGCCUAAAGAGCAAAGAGAUUCUUUGUGUGAGGGCUUCUCCUUUUAAUUGAAUUACCAGUGUCGGGUGAGAUUUGUUGUAUAAAUGAGUAUUUUUAACAUAAAUAUGUUGCCUUUAAGAUAAAUGCUGUUUGGGGCUAUGGUACCUCCUGUAUACACGAAUGCAAUGCAUCAGGGGGUUUUUAAAAGUGAAUAUUGCUCAGUGUGAAAGCCAGUGAUUUGUGCUUGGAACAUAUUUGUAAGUGAAACAUACAAUAAAAUCCCUGUCUAUGCAUCAUGGAACCAA